CCAAUCAAAUCGCUGUGUUAUGUUGUUGCUGUCAUUUCUAUUAUUACUACAAUAGUGAAUGUUUUAUUAUUGAGUGUGUGUGCUGGUAGUAAACAACGGAGUUGUUGCCUUACAUACCUGCACAAUUUAGUCGGUGGCGUAUGUGUGGACUGAGGCAGAGGAUUUAGUUCGAAUGUGGAGUGCAGUUGGUCACAACGAACUGGAGUGUGGAGUUUAGUUAACGACGACGACAACAACAACAACACAGCCUGGAGUGUGGAGUCUCACUGCAGAAGCAACAACGCAUUGAGUGAAGUGUAGUUGCAACGACAACAACAAUAACACUGUGGUGUCAAGCUGCAGCAAUUACAAUAACAACAACAACAACAUUGACUCGAGUGUGGAGUAGCACUUUGACUGAAGUGUGGAGUGAAGCCAGAAACUCAAGACCUUUGAAGUGCUUAAAGAACAAGGUGCAAAAAGGUUCAUAGCCAGGAAAAAGUUAACGGCUCAGACGGGAAGCUAAAAGGGACCAGAGAAAUUUAGCUGACAUCAGUAUGGCAUUAGUUGAAACAGUGAGAGGAUAUGAACACAGUGAAGAUUUAAUCAAUGGCAACGUUGAUGAUAGAUGCAAGGAUGUUGAUGAUGAGGAGGCUGAAGAACACAUGAAGUUGGACAAUAUAAAACCUCUUAGAAUAAUCCGCAAGGCCAAACGGCCAAGCAAGGCAGUGGAGGGCCAUGGCCAUCUACAGAAUGGAGGGGGUUCUAGUACGGGCACUCUCAUUAACACUGGAAAUAGGUUGGCCUUCUCUAAGAAUAGCCGGCGGUCAAGGAAUGGCAAGGGUAGGGGUCUGCCCAAGAAAGGCGGUGGUGGUGGCAAAGGCACUUGGGGACUUCCCGGUGAAGAGUUAUAUGAAGAUGGUAUUUGUACAGAUGUCCGUGAUCCCAAUUAUGAUCCUGAAAGCCAGGAUGAAUACAUUGUGGAGGAAACGGAACCUGAAAUAGAUGAUGAACAAGUCACAAAAUUGGUAGAGCCUAUUCUACUUGAGUAUUUUGAACAUGGGGACACAGGUGAUUUCAAGGACUCUCUUGAAGAUUUAAACAUGUCAAAGUACACGCCGCAGAUUGCUGAGAUGGCUAUAAAUCUGGCUCUGGAUCGGAAAGGAUUGCAGAGGGAGAUGACAUCUGUUUUGAUAUCGGAUCUCUAUGGAGAUUAUCUCUCUCAUGAAGACAUAGCUAAUGGUUUUGACAAUGUCUUAAGAAGCCUUUCAGAGUUAACCUUAGAUGCACCAGAAGCGCCAUUGGUUGUUGGUCAGUUUAUUGCUCGAGCUGUGGCUGAUGAUUGUCUGCCUCCAAAGUUUGUCAGUAGUUACAAAGGCAAAGUAGAUUGCCCGCAUGCCAGAGAGGCCCUUGAUAAAGCUGACAUCUUGUUAACUAUGAAACAUGGAAUUGUGAGGUUAGACACAGUAUGGGGAACUGGUGGUGGUGUGCGACCUGUAAAGUUUCUUGUCAAACAGAUUGUUCUGUUAUUGAAGGAGUACAUGUCCUCAGGUGAUAUAGCUGAAGCUACACGCUGUCUGCAAGAGUUGGAUGUACCACACUUUCACCAUGAACUAGUCUAUGAGGCAACUGUUAUGGUCCUUGAAGACUCCAGUGACAGAGCUGCUGAAAUGAUGUGUAAACUGCUUAAAAGUUUGUGUGUUGCUGUGAUAAUUACUCCUGAACAAAUGAGUCAGGGAUUCCGAAGGGUCUAUGAGGCAAUGCCAGACAUCUGUUUAGAUGUUCCUGCUGCCUAUACGAUUCUGGAGAAGUUUGCAACAAUGUGCUUUAAGUCUGGUGUGCUGUCCAGAGAAUUGUACCAAGAGCUACCUCAGAGGGGCCGUAAACGGUUCGUCUCAGAAGGUGAUGGUGGUCGUAUCAAAGAUUCUCAGAAUUAAGUUUCCGUCAGCUCUCCCGGUGCCAGUUGAACGACUAUGGACAUUCCUGUUUCAAACCUGUCUGACUGCUGUAACCA